AGGCAAACGUUGAGCAUUUGGUGGAAAAGAUGAAGACCACUGUGAAAAGAGGCCUCAUCCUCAGGAAUGAGAAGUGUAAUGCCAACUACACCACAGACUUCAUAUUUAAUCUGUACACAGAGGAGGGCAAAGGAGUAUUUGACUGCCGCAAAAAUGUGCUGGGGCACAUGCAACAGGGUGGUACUCCAUCACCGUUCGACAGGAACUUUGGCACUAAGAUGGGUGCUAAAGCCAUAUUGUGGCUGACUGAUAAAUUGAAGGAGUGCUACAGACACGGUCGUAUCUUUGCCAACACGCCAGACUCUGCCUGCGUGCUGGGCAUGAGGAAGAGAGCUUUGGUCUUCCAGCCUCUUGCUGAGCUCAAAAUCAAUACUGACUUUGAGCAUCGUAUCCCCAAGACUCAGUGGUGGCUAAAGCUGAGGCCAAUUCUGAAGAUUCUGGCCAAAUACAAGAUCAGUCUGGAUAUAUCAGAGAAGGCAGCAAUGGAAAGUGUGAUCAAGAAGAGAGGAACAGUCUAAAUACACUCCCUCACACAGUCACACACUGGUGCUUCUGUAGUUCAGGGUUUCUACCAUGAAGCCGUCUCGAGUAUUUUGUCAGUCCAGGCAUGGUUUCCAUCUAAAACCGCACACUUAGUGUACGUGUGUGUGUUCGCAUGCAUGCUCACCCACUUCCUUCUUCUGCUCCAUUUUUCAACUUAUCAUCCAUCAGACCUUAUCAGACCUACGCACCAUCUUUACAUCCUGACAUGCCUUCACUUACAUCUUUCUUUCUUUAUUUUCUUUAUUUGUCACUUGUGGUCCUGUAUGUGCAAAAAAAUAAAUACGUGGGAUUCAGAGACACUCGUUAUACUGAGACACUAAAGCAAUAAAACGUGGCCCUGAAACUCUGUCAGAGUGAAAUAUUUUACUUCAACGUGCCAACUUUUCUCAUAUAAACACUGAAAAAAAGGUUGGAAAAAAACAAGUAGGUCAUGUUCAUUUGAUGCCCCAGAAACCCCCCCACCUGCAGGGUGAAGGAUGUUGUAACUUGUGGGGCUCCCCACAAAAGCACUACAUUUCACUUGUGAAACGUGUGAGCUUUUUUAAGGUCCUUCUUUUGUCAGAGAGAUGGAAUAAACAAAGAUUCUAUAGAGAAGGAAAACACUUUUUUAGCAUUACUGUAGUUUAAGCUAAUGUAAGUAAAAUGUAUUCCAUUCAUUUUUGAUCCGUUUCUGUUAGUCUGUCAAUUUUAAAAUUCCCACACACAUAAAAGGUGAGUGCGACAAAAAAGGGAAAAAUACAGCUAAGAGGUUUUGAUAUGACUGUCGUUAGGCUAGUUCAGACGUGCGCUGGGUGAAGCUGCAGUGGUUGUGGGAACAGCAGUUCCUCAUGUGUGCUAGGCUCGAUCAGACGCUGUUGUAAGAGCUCAGAGCUGAUCUGCAGAUUUUAAUAAACACAACGUCUUCAUAGAAAAGCCAUGCAGGUCAUGACUUAUGCUCCGGUGGUGGUCGUUCUUCUUCAGUUUGUGGGACAGCUGUGUACAGCAGUUCAAGCACCAGUUUGCCAGCCACAGGCCUCAUGCUCUGAAUGUUUGAGUAGUCCAGGGUGUGCGUGGUGUAAACAGCAGGACUUCCUGAAGCAGGGAGAGUCUACUGAGCGCAGGUGCGACUCUUUUGAGUCACUGAAGAACAGGGAAUGCAGAGAUGUAGUUAACCCUGUUGCAAGCGUGUUUAUCACGAAGAACAACAACCUUAACAGCAAAAUAGAAGAUGUGGUCCAACUCAAACCGCAGGGCAUCGAAAUCAAGCUCAGAAUUGGUGUGCCACAGGAAUUCAAGGUGGAAUUUCAGAGGGCUGAAGGUUACCCCAUAGACCUGUACUACUUGAUGGACCUGAGCUACUCCAUGAAGGAUGAUCUAGAGAAUAUUAAAAAUUUGGGCCAGGACAUUUUAAAAGAGCUGCAGAAGGUCACCCAGAGUGUCCGUAUUGGUUUUGGCUCGUUCGUGGACAAGGACAAGUUGCCGUACGUUAGCCAAGUGAAGUCAAGGCAUCAGAACCCCUGCCCCAACCGCUUGGACACCUGCGAGCCUGCCUUCACCUUCAAGAAUGUUCUUCCACUGACAGGCGAUGCCAGAGAGUUCAAGAAAAAUGUCAGUGCGCAAAAGAUAUCUGGUAACCUGGACUCACCUGAAGCUGGCCUGGACGCCAUCAUGCAGGCCGCUGUAUGCCAGAAAGAGAUCGGAUGGAGGGAUGUGACACGGAUUCUGGUCUACACAUCUGAUGACACGUUCCACAUUGCAGGAGAUGGACGGCUCGCUGGCAUCUUUCAGCCACAUGAUGGACAGUGUCACCUUAGUAGUUAUGGUUUCUAUGAUGGCACAGUUUUUGAUUAUCCAUCAAUAGGCCAUCUCUCACGAGUUCUUCAAGCUAACAGCAUUCAGCUGAUAUUUGCUGUGACGAAAGACAGUGUUCCAGCUUAUGAGGCACUGAGUGCAUUAAUUCCUCAGUCAGUGGUUGCUGAGCUGAAGAAGGACUCCAGUAAUGUGGUCCGGCUUAUCGCUGAUGCCUACGGGAACCUAACGUCCACUCUGCACCUGGAACAGGACCGCACCCCUGCUGGCCUGCAUAUCUCCUACAUGUCCUACUGUAGCCCUGGAGUACCCAGUGAGUGGCAGCAUAAGGGAGAGUGUACUGGCAUCAAGGUCAACGAAAAGGUGGAGUUCAAAGUCCGUCUGAACGCGUCAGAGUGUCUGAAGAAGCCUGAGAUAUUUGAGAUUCGAAUGCACGGCAUCAAGGAGGUCCUGAAGGUGACAGUGGAGACGCUGUGCGAUUGUAAUUGUAAGGACAAGCAGGAGAAUUCAGAAGUCUGUAAAGGACAAGGAACACUCAGCUGUGGAGUCUGCAGUUGUAAUGAAGGUCACCUGGGUCAGCACUGUGAGUGUAAGCGUCAGAGUGAUAUGAACUCCACACAUGCCAUGCUGAAGUACUGUCGUCCACAAGAGACGUCCCAGGUGUGCAGCGGGCACGGUAGCUGUGAGUGUGGCCAGUGCAUAUGCAGUGGCCAUUUUAGAGGCAACUUUUGUCAGUGUGAUGACGCCAGCUGUGAGCGCCAUAACAACAAAGUCUGCAAUGGGCAAGGUAGAUGUGAAUGUGACACCUGUAUAUGCAAUGCAAACUACACAGGCACUGCAUGUCAAUGCUCUACAGACACAACUGUGUGUCUGAAUAAGAAUGGGAAGAAGUGUAGCGGCCAUGGGGAGUGUGAGUGUAACCAAUGUAAGUGUAAAGACGGUUUUGGGGGAAAGGAUUGCUCCCAGCUCCUCAAACCAUGUUCAACAUAUCAACCGUGUGUGGACUGUACAGUUAAGGCCGAGCUUUACGGCCGCUCUACUGAUAACUGCUCUCUGGUGUGUGAGUCAGCUAAGCUAACCCGGCUAAAAGGCAAUCAUCAACUGCAGUGUUUACAUGAAGAUGUCGUUUACGACGUGACACAGAACAGUGAUGGCACAGUGUUGAUUCAGUACGCCGAUCUGCCACGAAGCAUUGAUAAGACCGCAGUGAUCAUUGGCACCUCAGUAUCAGCUAUCGUUCUGAUUGGCAUCGCCAUCAUCAUCGUCUAUAAAGUGCUGCUGGAGCUGUAUGAUCUGCGGGAAUACCGCAGCUUCCUCAAGGCGCAGGAGCAAACUGACUGGAAAGAGACCCAGAAUCCACUGUUCCAAGGAGCCACAACGACAGUGCUGAACCCUCUGCAUUCACAAGACUCUUAAAGUGUCACAACUGCAAAGAAGGAACUGGACUACAUCAGUGUAGCCAAAGUAUUAUGAUUGUAUUAUAAUUUGUAGGGUUUUAUCCUAUAAAUAAAUAAUAGAUGUUUCUAACAGUGAUUAAAUAACAGAGUAGUAUGUGGACAGUAUAUUUUCAUAAACAUAAAUGAUUAUAUUUAGUGACAUUUUUAUGGUUGCGAUUGGAGGUUAGUUUGAAAUAUUAAGUUACAAAUUUAAAUGCACAUGGCCUUAAGCUCAGAGCACUGAAGAUGUCUAUGUAUAUGUCUAUGUUAUAUCAAAUGUCCAUAAAAACAAACAAAAAACCAA